UAGAGUAUUGAUUUAUAGACAAAUUUAUAUAAAAAAAUGGAUGCAAAUGGAUAUGAAACUUUUGAAUAUCUUCAACCAAACAAUGUAGAAAACACUGACCAACUAUUUAUUCUUCAGAAUGAUGGGACAUUUCUUGCAAUGAAUAGACCGGUCGAAUAUGUAACACAAGUACAAAAUGUAGAAAAUGUGUUAGAAGAAGUGCAACCUGUAUAUGAUGUUGCACCUCAACAAUUUUAUGUUGAUGUAAACAAUUCAAAUGAGUUAAUUUCAGUACCAGAUGAAUUUAUCUUACCCACAGAAUCAAAUAGCAUGUAUAGUAAUAAUUAUUUGCUUCAACAACCUUCUAAUUCUUCUGAAGUUCAGACGCAACAAACUGUUGGCCAAAUAGCAGAAAGUGUUGUUGAACAGAUGAUUCUGCCUGAUAUGAAUGUUCCUAUGGGUGUAAAUAUUAAUGAAAAUUUAGAGACCAAUGCUAUACAAAAUAAUGGAUGUACCGAGAUCACAAUAACUGAUGAACAAUAUAAAAUACUAGAACAAAAAGGAUGGAUCCUAUUAGAUACUAAUGAUAAAGUUUAUUUAAUAGAUACAUUGGGUUUGCAUGACAUAAGUAAUGAUACUCAGUUAAUUCAAAAAUUGAGAGCACAAAUGGUCAGUGGAGAACCUAGCUACAGUGAACCAUUUACAAGUAAUCAAUUACCAGCUAAAAUGGUAUUAAAUGAAGGUAUCCCAAAUAAUGUAAAUGCUGAGCAAGCAACUAUCCCAUAUGUGACAGAGAACAGCGAACAAAUUGAAUUGCAAGCAAUGGAUAUUCAGUCCUAUCAAACAAUUGAUGAACCAGAGGCCCUACCAAUUUCUGAUAAAAAAGUUCCGGAUUUGAUGCCCCUAGAAACAGAAUUUCUUGAGAACACUAUUAAUGAACUGGCAGAGAAAUAUGAGAAAAGUGAUCCAAGGAUCAAUAGUAACACAAUAAAAAUUAAAACCAAAUUUUCGUUGGAAGAAAUACCUGAAGAAAUUAUUAUAGGUAAAACAGUAAAUGGUAAAAGGUUGGUCGCGAGAAUUGCUAAGCCAAAAGAACCUGAACCACCAAUAGAACAAACUACUCCAGAGGACAUAUCAAAGAAAUGCAAGCCUAAAACUUACCCAACGGUAAGUGCAUUCCACCAAAAAAUAGAAAAGAUAAUUCAACAAGCAGUUAGAGGUAACAUUAAACCGUUGAGCGAAGAAGAAGUAUUUGCAAAUGUGGAUAAAGUUAUCCAACAAUUGUUACGGGUGCCGGCGUUCAAACCCGCGGUUAUAGAAAGGAAAUUAAUUUUGACCAAGAUUAUACUUACAGAAAAUAAAGAUCAAACCUCUACUGAAGAAAGUGAUCCAAUGAUUAUUACAGGAAAAGUAGUUCAACAGGAUGAGAAAAAGUGGGGUUUCCAAUACAUACCAGAUAUGCUAGAAAAGAUAAAAGAAAUGAAAGAGGAUGAGAAGGACAAAGAGACCAAAAGGCUGCACGAAGGUGGCGAUGUUGACGUCACAUUCCUACAAAUUCACGUGCAAGAAGUGAACAGCCCAGAUGGCCUAGCACGCAUGUCUAUUACAUUGAAUAAACGAGUCAUUCUUCUAAAGUCUAAAAAGUUAACUGAACUACAAGAGAGACAAAUACCAUCCCCAAAACUCAAACCAGUGUUCGCGUGUACGGCGUGCGCGGCCGUGUUUAAGAGAAAAGCGCAAUUAAAAUGUCACUUACAGGUUCACAAAAUGGACUUCGAUUUUGAUUCUCUUCUCACAAUUCAUUCUAAAAAUACCAACAACCCUUAUAAAGUUGUAGAGUUGGGUCAUAGAAAGGAAUUUGUAUGUAAUGAAUGUCACCAUAAAACAUCAAGAGUCAGCAUGAUGCUCAGACAUAUUAGAUCACACUUCAAAAUGUCUGACGAGGACACAGAUGAAGAAGAAUCAAAUGACAGUGAACAAACAACAGAUGGACGAUAUAAAUGCAAGAUGUGUUCUUCUAUAUUUUUGUAUGCGGGUUCACUUUCAAAACAUCUUUUAAGAAAGCAUAUCAAAGUUGGAUAAAAGAUUUUUCUUUUUUUCAUAGUAUAAAUGAGCUGUAUAAGUAACUAAUAUACUUAGGAUAUAAUACAAAUUAUAUGUUUGAAUGAAUUGACGAUGAAUGUACCUAUUGUAUGGAUCUCAAUGUUGUUGUUAAUAAAAUAUACAAUUUAUUUAUUGAAUAAAGAAUGAAAUUUUACAAAACACAA